AUGGGACAACAACAGUCUAAAGACGAGCUUCUGUUUCAGAAAGUGAGUUACAAUGAUGUUGAAGCUAUCAAAUCCCUUCACCAUGAAGGUGCAGGACUCGAGUGGGUGGAUAAAGAAGGAAGAACACCAUUAAUCUUGGCUUGUACAAAAGCAGAGCUUUAUGAUGUAGCCAAAACUCUUCUUGAGUUAGGUUCUAAUGUCAAUGCUUAUCGUUCUGGUUGCAAUGCUGGGACUCCUCUGCACCAUGCUGCAAAAAGAGGUCUCGAAAACACGGUUAAGUUACUUCUUCUGUCUCAUGAUGCAAAUCCACUGGUUUUGAAUGAUGAUUUUCAGACACCUCUUGAUAUUGCUAGAGCUAAAGGUUAUAGCAAUGUUGUACGCGCAAUCGAGAAUCACAUCUGCUUGUUCUCUGGUUGGAUGCGCGAAUUUUAUGGCCCGAGCUUUCUUGAAUUAUUCGCUCCUCAGCUUCUUUCAAGAAGAGUAUGGGUAGUUAUCGUACCGACUGGUUCACAAAACCAUACAAAGCCUUUCAAGUUGGAGUUAGUUGUGUAUGCUAGUCUUCAGGAUGCACAACCAAGGAUGGUGAUGCCUUUGUGGAAAGCAAACUUAGAGGAACCGAAAUCAUAUCAGACUGAUGCUUCGGUGAUGAUUGUUGAUAACUCCACAAGUACUAGGCGAAGUAAGGCGAGAAGAAGGACAUUCAUCUCUCACACGAGGCGUUGGGCUCAAGUCGAUAGGCAAGCACGUCUUAAGCUGGCAGCUGCGAACAAAGGCGACAUGAAACAGUUGAAUUGGUUUUGUGAGCCAAUGAAUCCUCCAAUGUUUCUGCAAACAUCUCAAAUAACAACAACCUCUGUUCCACUAUCGUCACACGAUGCAAUGAAUGAGAUGGCAAUGCACAGUCCCAUACCUGUGAACAUUUCUCUUGCUUCUGCAAACUGUGAGAAUAAAGAAGAUGGUGGAUCGAGAGCAUGUGCGGUUUGUGUGGAUGCAUCAUCGGAAGCAGUGUGUGUGCCGUGUGGACAUGUCGCGGGAUGCAUUUCUUGCUUGAAUGAGAUCAAAGACAAGAAAUUGGGAUGUCCUGUAUGUCGUGCCAACAUUGAUCAGGUCAUUAAGCUAUACCAUGUUUGA